ACAACCCUAAAAAAAUAUUUGGGAUCAUUUAGCUAGGGCUGGUGUUGGAGAUCUUGGAUCCAUGGCGAGCUUCACGGUCGCCAAGCGCACUACUUCUCCACACGAGGGCCAAAAGCCCGGGACUUCUGGAUUGCGCAAGAAGGUGACUGAGUUCCAGAAGGAAAAUUACUUGCACAACUUCGUCCAGGCCACAUUCUUCGCAUUGGGGGAAGACAAGGUGAAAGGGAAAACCAUUGUUGUCUCUGGCGAUGGUCGAUACUUCUCCAGGGAAGCAAUCCAAAUUAUCAUCAAAAUCGCUGCGGCGAAUGGAGUGCGGAGGAUUUGGAUCGGGCAGAAUGGAUUGCUUUCCACUCCUGCGGUGUCAGCUAUCAUUCGGAAUUGCGUUGGACAAGAGGGGGAAAAAGCAUCUGGUGCGUUUAUAUUGACCGCGAGCCACAAUCCUGGAGGACCUCACGAGGAUUUCGGGAUAAAAUACAACACAGAGAAUGGUGGCCCUGCUCUGGAAGGCUUGACUAAUAAGAUCUACGAGACUACAACAACUAUCAAUGAGUUUUAUACGGCCGAUGGCCUUCCAGAUGUUGACAUUGCUCAAAUUGGAACUUCAAGCUUUACUGGUCCCGAUGGUCCCUUCAACGUUGAAGUGUUUGACUCGGCUGACGAUUACGUGAAGCUGAUGAAGAGUAUUUUCGAUUUCUCGGCAAUCAAGGAGCUCUUGGCGCGACCGGAUUUCUCUUUCUGUUUCGAUGGCUUACAUGGUGUGGCUGGUGCAUACGCUACAAAACUCUUCGUCCAGGAGCUGUCAGCAAAAGAGAGCUCCUUGUGUAACUGCAUCCCCAAGGAGGACUUUGGUGGAGGCCAUCCGGAUCCCAAUCUCACGUACGCAAAAGAGCUUGUUUUGCGCAUGGGACUGGGGAAGACCGGCCCUCCUGCCGAUCCACCUGAAUUUGGAGCUGCAGCCGAUGGUGACGCCGAUCGUAACAUGAUCCUAGGAAAGAGGUUUUUCGUAACUCCAUCAGAUUCAGUGGCUAUUAUCGCUGCAAAUGCCGUGGAUUCGAUACCGUAUUUUCGUUCCGGUCUGAAAGGUGUUGCGAGGAGCAUGCCUACGUCUGCAGCUUUGGACGUCGUGGCGAACAACUUAAAGCUCAGAUUCUUUGAGGUGAUAGGAUUUCUCUUGUUCUUGCUUUCCUACACACGCGUACAUGUUGCGUUGCAGGUCCCUACUGGAUGGAAGUUUUUUGGAAACUUGAUGGAUGCUGGCAUGUGUUCCAUCUGUGGUGAAGAAAGUUUCGGAACCGGCUCGGAUCACAUAAGAGAGAAAGACGGGCUCUGGGCAGUGUUGGCAUGGCUUUCCAUUCUUGCUUACAAGAACAAGGAUGUUCCGGCUGGCGGCAAGCUUGUAACUGUGGAGGAUAUCGUCCGCCAACACUGGGCCACUUACGGUCGUCAUUUCUACACCCGAUAUGACUACGAGAAUGUGGAUGCUAAUGCUGCGAAGAAAGUGAUGGACCAUUUGGUGGAACUCCAGUCCUCCAUACCAGAUUUGAACAAAAUAGUGUCAGGGAUUCGAUCUGAUGUCGCUGGUAUCAAAGAAGCAGACGAGUUUGAGUACAAAGAUCCAGUUGAUGGUUCCGUCGCAAGCCACCAAGGAAUCCGCUUUCUUUUCCAGGAUGGCUCUCGACUUGUGUUUCGUUUAUCUGGCACUGGCUCUGUGGGGGCGACUAUUCGAGUUUACAUUGAACAGUACAUUCAAGACAAAGCCAAGACUGGCGGAGACGCACAGGAAACACUCGCACCGCUGGUGGACGUGGCUCUUAAGCUGUGUAAAAUGGAGGAGUUUACUAAGCGUUCUUCUCCCACGGUCAUCACUUGAAAGGAUUUGAUGUGGCACAGCACUAGUUCUUCUUUUGUGAAUAAAACUACUUUUCAGGAUGCU